AUGCCUCAGUUCUUCCAGGGAAAGACCAUUUUAAUCACUGGCACAACGGGCUUCUUAGCAAAAGUUUUCUUGGAAAAGAUUCUAAGAACACAACCAGAAGUUAAAACACUAUAUCUUCUCGUACGAGCAGAAAACAUUGAUUUGGCUGCAAAACGCUUUCAAAAUGAGGUGAUUCUGACAGAUUUAUUUAGAGUGUUACGGGACCAAUGGGGUGAAGAUUUUGAUUCUUUCAUCUCGAGCAAGAUUGUGGUCAUACCAGGAGAUGUUUCUCUCCAUAACUUUGGUCUGAAAGAUGAAAAGCUUAAGAGUAAGAUGUUGGAAGAGACCAACGUUGUUGUGAAUUUUGCAGCAUCUACUAAAUUUGACGAAAGGUACAUUAUCUAG